UAUUCUGAGAUUAUGCUGAUGAGUCUAAGCUCUGCUCCUCUCGGUCGCAGAGAAAGCUUCUAACUUUCUUGUUCUUUUUCCUCGCUUUCUCUCUCACAUUUUCUCCGGGCAAGCAUAUUAUUAGAGCGGUUUGGAUCUGCAAAAGUGUGGCUUGGCUAGUUGGCUCCUUGAUACUUUGUUUAUAGUCUUCAAUGGCGGUGCUAUGAGAAGAUUUAAAUUCGGUGAUGAGGUUUAAUCAUUCAUUCAGGGAAUAGCACUCUCUAAGCUCUGGAAAUUCCGCACACAUUAUUUUUUUCUUUGACAUGCUACUUAACACAUCUAUAGCUGUUGGCUAUUGAGUAUCCCCUAAAACUGUGCACAUGUUCAGCUUAUGAAGCACAACCUCAAAACUAUUGGUACAAAGUGUUCCAUGAAACAUGAAGAAGUUGUCUGGAGGUCUCAUUUUAGUGUCUUUGUUUGUGUUACUGCUUCUAAGAUAUGGCAUGGUGGAAAAUCCAUUAGCGGAAAUGUCACUGCCUAGUCUUUUCUCUCGAAACAAUUCUCAACAUCUGCAUUGGGUGGCUGCUGGAGUAGAUGAACUAGUAGUAGUUCCAAAUCCAAAGAAUGAAUCGGAAAUAAUCUCAAUUGGUUCAUUAAUGUCCCACCUUUCCAUUCCACUGAAUCUUUCUGCUGAAGAACUACUGUCUCUGCAGACAUGGAAACAUAUGGUUCACUUGGUUAAUCAUUCCGAAGGCCUAACUCAGGCAGUUGAGGCUGUCAAAGAAGCUGUAACUGCAUGGGAAGGGCUCAUGUCGUCCAUUGAAGAUGAAAGGCUAGCUAGAUCUGGAAAUAGAAGUAAAAGCAAAAGGCUAAAAGAGAAACAGUGUCCUUAUUCGGUGAUAAAAAUGAAUGCUUCAGAAUUUUCUGUUGGUGAUUUCAGGCUUAAGAUUCCUUGUGGACUGGUUCAGGGCUCUUCCCUGACUGUCAUUGGUACUCCUCAAGGAAUUCUGGGAAAUUUCAAGAUUGAUUUGAUGGGAACAGCACUUCCAGGUGAACAAGAUCCUCCCAUAAUCCUGCAUUACAAUGUUCGGCUUCUUGGUGAUAAAAUAACGGAAAAUCCAGUGAUUGUUCAAAAUACGUGGGCUUUAGCUAAUGACUGGGGUCCAGAAGAGCGUUGUCCUUCACCAGAUCCUGAUAAUAAUAAGAAAGUUGAUGAUUUAGAUCAAUGCAGUGAAGUGGUGGGCGGAGAUGAUAAACAAAGCUUCACUUCUAAACUAUCUUCUCAUACUUCAGCAAAGAACCUUUCUAAAGAUGAGGGCAUUAAACCCAGAAGAUAUUUUCCUUUCAAGCAAGGAUAUCUUGCAAUUUCUACGCUGAGAAUAGGGACAGAAGGGAUACAGAUGAGUGUCAAUGGGAAGCAUAUAACUUCCUUUGCUUUCCGUGAGGCCUUGGAGCCAUGGCUCGUUAAUGAAGCAAGGAUUUUAGGAGAUAUUAAACUGUUAUCAGUCCUUGCUAGUGGCUUACCCACUUCUGAGGAUUCUGAGCAUGUCACGGACUUGGAAUUACUCAAGUCUGCUCCUUUGCCCAUUCAUAAAGAUGUUGAUUUGUUCAUCGGUGUAUUUUCCACUGCUAACAAUUUUAAACAGAGAAUGGCUGUUAGGAGAACUUGGAUGCAAUAUCCUGCUGUUCGUUCUGGAAUUGUUGCUGUGCGCUUUUUCGUUGGUCUGCACAAAAACCAACUGGUGAAUGAGGAACUAUGGAAUGAGGCAGGGACUUAUGGAGACAUCCAGCUGAUGCCUUUUGUGGACUACUAUAGCUUGAUUACUUGGAAGACUGUAGCUAUCUGCAUCUAUGGGACAAACAUAGUAUCAGCCAAGUAUGUUAUGAAGACAGAUGAUGAUGCUUUUGUCCGAAUAGAUGAAAUGCUUUCUUCCCUAAAUAGGACAAUUGUCACACAUGGGUUGCUGUAUGGGCGUAUCAGCAAUGAUGAUCUACCUAAUCGAAACCCUGACAGCAAGUGGUAUAUAAGCCCUGAGGAAUGGCCUGGUCAGAGUUAUCCUCCUUGGGCUCAUGGACCUGGCUAUGUGGUGUCCAAAGACAUAGCAAAUGCAGUCUACAUGCAACAUAAAAGGGGACGAUUAAAGAUGUUCAAACUGGAGGAUGUGGCAAUGGGCAUUUGGACGGACGAUAUGAAGAAGAGAGGAAUGGAUGUUAAGUAUGUCAAUGAUGACAGGAUUCAUAUUGGAGGAUGUGAAGAGGGUUACCUAGUUGCCCAUUACCAGCAGCCCAGGGAGAUGCUGUGCCUUUGGCAGAAGCUUCAGGAGACGAACCAGCCUAGAUGUUGCGGUGAAUGAACUGAUCACCAAGAAGCAUUUUCACAAUGUUCAGAGAACCGUGAUCACUUUUCUGUAUGUUAGCAUACAGAGGACUCUCAUCGACGAGUUUUCAGACUUCACAACAUAUGUAUACUAACAUUCAGGACAGUCUGACCAUUAUUCGACGACAGAGAUGAUUGCACUCAGGUUAACUUGUUCUUUUUCCCCCAUUUGGUAGCUAUUUUUAGGCUUUUAGCAAUAGAUUUAUUGAGGUAAUGCUCAGAGGGUUGUAUUUUCUUCUUAUGUAUGAUGGUUAGGCUCACUAAUGUAGAUGUGGGAAAGCAACCAUAUAGAUGAGGAGGCUUGCUCAUCCCUGAGGUUUUUAUGCUCUGUAAAUAUAGUUUUUCAUAGUGGAAAUGAA